UUUAAAGUAGUCAAAGAGUGAUAUUAUAUUGUAGGGUAGAAUAUAAAGGAAAAAAAAUUGGUCAAAAUAUGUGAGACUUUAUCGCAGCACCGGUAAGAAUGUAGGGAAAAAAAUUGAACAGUGAACAUGAAUUCUGAUUGUCUUAAAAAGCGCAGAAAACCUUAAAUUAACUUAAACACCAAAUUUCAGUUGUUCAAAAUGGGUUGUGGUGUUUCAAGAAUGAUGAAUGCUGACAGGAUGGACGCCCCUUCCCCCGCUCAUGGUGGGAGAAUGAUUCAACCAAAGAGAGAUAGAGAUAGAGAUAGGGAUGAAACAAUCCAAUAUCCUGCUUCUCCAAGCUUUAGGGAAUAUUUUAAACAAAAUGAUUCUCAAGGUGAAAUCGAUGGAGUUAAGAGCAUGUCCUACACUUCCAAAGCACCAUCACUUACAAAGGUAUCAUCAAAGAAGGAAAAGAAUAAAGAAGGCAAAAAGAAAAGACUAUUGAGUAUGGGACAUUGUUGCUCUGCACAAGAUGUCAGCUUCCAUCGUCUUCCUGAGAAACCUAUGGCGGCUUAAUCAUAUCUAAGGGACGGGACGGGGCAAACAAAUUUAUUAACGUUGAUAUAAUUAUAUAUAUAUGUGUGUGU